AUGGACUUAAGGUUGGAAAGCUUCGCUUUGAGCAUAGCAAAAAUAUAUUUUACUGACGCGGUCUCACCACCUACUGCAAGUAAUCCUAUUCCACCUCCAAAUCAGUUUAUCAUGAGAGACUUUCAAGGAAGAAAUGUGGCAAGAAAUGUAGUAGAUGGAGUAAUAUGUUACGUCGUAAAUGAACAUCGGGGAUACGAAUUGAUUUUAAAUGGGAAUCCAAUCGUAGUACUAAGAAGUCAAGUUCAGCAAUCUGUUGAGCUGGCUGAUGGCAUAACUCAUUUUGUAUUUUAG